AUGGCUGACAACCAACCUUCUACUUCGACUGGUGCAAUCGACGAACGCAGAAAGAAUGCACUCAAGAACUACCGCGAAAAAAUGCAAACCCAUGAGUCCGCCAGUGAGAGUCUCAAGAACUUGAGAUUCUCAUUAAAGGACCUGGGGAAAGCAUAUGAGAAGACUGAAGAGGACAUCAAAGCCGUGCAGUCGAUUGGUCAAAUUAUUGGCGAAGUCAUGAAGCAGUUGGACGAUGAACGAUUCAUAGUCAAAGCUUCAUCGGGUCCCCGCUAUGUUGUUUCUCACCGACCAACGCUUCCCGUAGCCAAACUCAAAGCUGGCACACGCGUCGCACUUGAUAUGACGACCCUCACGAUUGUUCGUAUAUUGCCUCGCGAAGUCGACCCGCUCGUAUAUAAGAUGAGCUUGGAAGACCCCGGCGAUGCCUCGUUUGCAGGGAUUGGAGGGUUGGGCGAGCAAGUCCGAGAACUUCGUGAAAUAAUCGAGCUACCUCUUAUGAACCCUGAACUGUUCCAACGCGUUGGCAUCAAACCUCCCAAAGGCGUUUUGUUAUAUGGACCCCCAGGGACGGGCAAGACACUUCUUGCUCGAGCGGUUGCGGCAACGCUACAGACCAACUUUUUGAAAGUUGUCUCAUCUGCCAUUGUCGACAAGUAUAUCGGUGAAAGCGCGCGCGUUGUUCGAGAAAUGUUUGGUUAUGCCAGAGACCAUGAACCAUGCGUCAUUUUCAUGGACGAGAUUGAUGCUAUUGGUGGUCGUAGGUUUUCUGAGGGCUCUAGUGCUGACCGGGAGAUCCAACGGACGUUGAUGGAGUUGCUGAACCAGAUGGAUGGCUUCGACUCGCUUGGUCGCACCAAGUUGAUAAUGGCGACUAAUCGUCCAGACACAUUAGACCCGGCUCUGCUCCGACCAGGUCGGUUGGACCGCAAAAUUGAAGUACCCCUGCCAAAUGAGCAAGCUCGUCUGGAAAUUCUGAAAAUUCACGCUGCACCCGUGAAUAAGAACGGUGAAAUCGACUAUGAAGCUAUUGUCAAGCUUUCGGAUACUUUCAACGGCGCGGACCUACGGAAUGUCAUCACUGAGGCGGGUAUGUUUGCCAUCCGGGACGAUCGAGAGUACAUCAUCCAGGAGGACUUGGCAAAAGCUGCUCGCAAAGUUGGAGAAGCCAAGAAGCACGAAUGUGAGCCCAUUUUUGUCCUCGAGACUUUUGUUUGA